AUGCCACCAGAAGAAAACCUGUGUACCACACCUGCCAAGAGGGCCAUCAAAAAAAUCCGAUUGGCUAGCUUGGUUAUCGGCUUGGCGAAAGGUUGGCAGCAGUGGGCAACUGAACACAACACCAAGCAAGCUCAGGAACCUAGUGGAUGGGUUCCCAAUGAAGACAAACCACCAAAUGACCCAAGAGAAUGGACACCUCCGAAACAUUCACCGACUUUCAAGACAGAUCAGUCAAAAACUGAGAGAGAGCUUCCCUCAGAACAGCAAGUGUCAAACAAAGAUGGAGAACAAAGUCCAAACGAGUCAACAGAAACUCUGGAGAAGUUUAAUAUUAGAAGUAAAGAAGUUACCAAAAGUGUAAUAAGGUCACUCUCUGAAAGAAGUAGUGACAUUGGUCUUCUCAGCAACAAAUAUGAACAAGACGAAUUUGCGGAGACAGGAAAGAUCAGCAAUGACCCUACAAAUAUUGAUCAAAUCCUUAGUAAUAAAAUGUCUCCUACAAGAAGGAGAAAGUGUUCUAAUUUGGUAUCAGAGAUGACCAAGGGAUGGAAACGUUUGGAACAAGAAGAACUACAGGACUCUCGCAGCAACAGCUUGGAUACAGAAGAUAGUGGCUAUGGUGAAGACACAGAGGAUGGAUUAGACAGGGAUCAUAAUAUCCAAGAAAUACAGACUGUGGUGAGGAUAAAACAUCCCAUGGCCUCACACAAGAAUAAAAAUCUCAAGUUGUCUAAGAAUUUCAGUCCUGUCUACAAUCUAAAGGGGCGAUGGGAAGAGUGGGCUGAUGAACAUGUGACCAUUCAGAAACUCAACCCUUUCAGCGAGGAGUUUGACUAUGAGCUCGCUAUGGCCACCCGUCUGCACAAAGGAGAUGAGGGCUAUGGACAUCCUAAAGAAGGCACAAAGACAGCAGAACGGGCCAAGAGAGCAGAGGGUCAUAUCCACCGGGAGAUGAGAGACAUGUGUUUCAUCAUCAGAAUAAUGGCUCAGCCACGACGUGAUGGCAAGAUCCAAGUCACUUUUGGUGACCUCUUUGACAGAUACGUUCACAUUUCAGAUAAAGUGGUUGGAAUACUCCUGAGGGCCAGAAAACAUGGAAUGCUAGACUUUGAAGGAGAAAUGUUGUGGCAAGGCCGGGAUGAUGCCGUUCUAAUAACUUUGUUAGAAUAA